AUGCCUCCUCUACGUAAAGGGGAUCGAAGGAGAUCCGAACAACCACCCAUGACCGAGUUGUCGACGGUAUCGAUGCAGUCCACGCUACGAGAGUCUCAAGAGUCAUUCAUUGAAAAGCCUACAACGGUUCAUCCGGUAUAUGGGAGAUAUAGAGAAAGCGCGUCCAUCGAACAGCCGACGCUGGCGCGGAGACCGGGUUUAUCAGACCUCCACAACAGAACCCUCUCAGAUCUCAUGACCGAGAGCAUUGCGGACAGUACGUUGGAACCACCGAAUGGCGGAUAUCCGUCGUUUGCUCCCAGCGCAGGCUCGACCUGGUCAGAGUCGCAGACGCGUAGCUCAUCUCCUUAUCCGGUACCGUCACCUUUCCGAAGUCAAGAAACAUUAAAACCCCUGGUUCCCGACGCCCCCUCGACUUUCUUCAAGAAAGAUUGGGUCAAGGAAGGAUCAAUCGCCCAGCUCCAUUCCAGAGACGACAAAGAGUUCCUGUCGGGCAAGAAGAGAUGGCUUUUCCGCUGGAUAGCACCACUUCUCUGCCUGAUUUCCCUCUCUCUGUAUUGGUUCUAUUUCGGCCUGCGUAUUGCCUUUAUCAUCGACGCCCAGCAUCACUACGCCGCCCCGUUCCCUCUGGCCUGGGUCUUUGUGGCCAUCGAGAUAUCCAUUGCGGUGCCGAUUUUUAUGCAGACUCUGUGGUCCCUGUUCAUCUUGAAGAAACGCCACAGGCCAAAGCUGAGGCUCGUCGGCAACGAUGUCCCCACGGUCGACGUGUUUAUCACGUGCUGUGGUGAGGACGACGAUCUAGUUCUCGACACGGUUCGUGCAGCUUGUGACUUGGACUACCCUCAAGACCGAUUCCGCGUCAUCCUCCUCGACGAUGGCAAAUCAGACCCGCUCAAGAACGUGCUGGAAGAGAUGCGAGAGACAUUUCCCAACGUCUAUUACAUGCGGCGUCCAAAGUUCCCCGGUGUUCCUCACCAUUUCAAGGCUGGCAAUCUGAACUACGGACUGGACGCGGUGCAGAGCUUGCCCGGCGGUUCCUCGGAAUUCAUGGCCGCGUUAGACGCCGAUAUGAUCCCUGAACAACAGUGGCUAAGAGCCGUGCUCCCCCAUCUGUUGAUCGACGACAAGAUGGGUCUCGCCUGUCCCCCGCAGCUCUUUUACAAUGUCCCCAGAGACGAUCCCCUUUGCCAAAGUCUGGACUUCUUCGUCCACGUCUCGGAACCGGUCAAGGACGCAUUGGGUGUGGCAUGGUGCACCGGGUCUGGAUAUAUUGCUCGAACUGUCGCUCUAGCCCAGAUUGGCAAUUUCCCCUGCGGAUCGCUGGCCGAAGAUGUCGCAACGAGUACCCUGCUGCUGGGUUCUGGCUGGAAGACGGCAUUUGUUCACGAGGCGUUGCAAUUCGGUACUGUGCCAGAAGACUAUGGCGGUCAUCUCAAGCAACGUACCCGGUGGGCCAUCGGCACGGUGGAUACUGCCUUCAAGCUUCGAUUCUGCCUCUGGGGCGACAAGGUCAAGCACAUGACUUUUGCGCAGCGGUCGUCCAGCUUCAUCUACGCCUUCCUCAGCCUCUUCAACAUCUUCCUGACCCUCUCCAUCUUUGCCAUGCCGAUUGUCCUGAUCGCCAACAAGCCUCUCGUGGCAUACGCAAACGACACCCAACUUCGGUGGUUGAUCCGGGCUUGUUUUGCCAACAUGGUAUUCAACCGACUGUGCGAGUUUGUCCUUUUCAUCCCCGCGGGAUAUGCCACGGGGCAGAGAGGCAGUCGGUACCAGCUCUGGAUGGCUCCAUACAUCUCCCUCACCAUCAUCCGAUCAUUUGUCCUUCCGACCUGGCUUGGUGGACAAAGGCAAGCUUUCAAAGCCACCGGUUCGAUCAAGUCUGCGCUGAACGAGCGAGACCCCAAACUACGAGCUCCAAUGUGGCGACGAAUCUGGACAAUCUGCGUCAACUAUCUCGCCGGCUUCCACGUGGCCUAUGUGUAUUUUGUGCUCGUGGCGGUGACCCUAUCAUCCUAUCGGACGUUCCUGACCCAACACACCACAAGGGGCAAACUUGUCGGUCUCUUGACCCACGCAUUCUGGCCCCCACUGGCGUGGUUGAUCGUAUGCUCGUCCUUUUGGAUCCCCUUCACCUACGCGUGCGACCCUCCCAAUUGCCCGGAUCGAGAGGAACUCUUGGUGCGCGACCCAAAGACCAACGUCGCACACCCGACACCAGAAGCGAAGAAGAUUGCAUUUGCCCCGCAAACAGUCUUUUUCGAACUUGAAUACUCCGUCACCACCGCGUUCACCGCGUUGGUGUUUGUGGCGGCAUUUUUCUAUUGA